AUGUUGAUCAAGACCUCCUACCGAGACGUGCCCACCAAAGCAAAUGGCAGAGCAGGAACCAUCCGGAUCUACCUGAUCGAGCCCAACUUACCAGAUUACCCUCAAGCCAAGUUCCCAGGAUGUGUUGUAUUCUCUGAGAUUUAUCAAGUGACAGGUCCAGUAGAAAGAUUUGCGGGUAAUAUUGCCUCUGAGGGAUAUAUAGUUGCCCUCCCCUCGUCUUUCCACGAGUUUGAGGGGCCAGAAGCUAUACCAUAUGAUACGGAAGGUACAGAUAGGGGAAAUAAGUACAAAAUCGAAAAGACUGUCGAGGGAUAUGAUGAAGAUGCGACACUGUCUGUAGACUUAUUGUGCUCUUUGGAGAACUGUACAGGAAGGAUAGCAUCUACAGGAAUGUGUCUGGGAGGUCACUUGUGCGCUUUUGAUCCCCGAGUAUUAGCAACCUUCUGUUAUUUCGCUACCGAUGUUCACUCAGCGACCCUCGGUAAAGGCAAAUCUGACGAUACACUAAUCAAGAUUCGUAAAGGCGAUCUGACUGGAAAGGGAGAAGUGACUAUGGUAUUUGGUAAACAGGAUACUCACGUUGACAGGAAUGGGCGAACGUUGAUUCGAGACACGUUGGAUGAAGCGGGUAUACCAUUCACUUUCCUCGAAGUUCAAGCUCAACACGCUUUCAUUCGAGACGAGUCAUCCAAAGGCAGAUGGGAUGCCGCCCUGACUAGGAGUCUGUUCAGCAUGAUGAUGGAAUUGUUUAACAGGACGGUAGCGAGAGAUCUGGGUUCUAAGGUUGGAGGUGGUGCUAAACUGGAGCAUGUCUGCUAG